CAUACGAGCCGCAUUUCUGCAACCUACUGCCCUCGAAGUCUUCCCUAGAUAUGAGACGAAAGAAAUGUCGAUAAAGAAAUCCCAGCAACAUACCCACUUCAAUGUUCAAGGCCAAGGUCAAGGUCAAGCUCUAUUGUCCUGAACAACAGCCAUUGUUCGACCUUGAACAUCACGAUCGAUUCUGCUUGCUCUACGAACACUCAGCGUAGACGGCGUCGUCCUUCCACUGGACCAGGAGAUACAAAUAGGCCAUCGUCCUUUCUAGUCUCCAUCGAUGUCUACUCCUGAGUCCUACACAAAUAACGAACAGAAAUCACAACCGAGAUCUAGUCUUCAUCAACAUCCACUCCUCACCUGUAGCUCUCCUGGCGACGAGCACCCUUCCAAAUACUAUCAACUUCUCACCACUUUGCUUCUCAUUACUGGGCAUCUGUUGUUCCAGUCACCUAUUAUCCGGCCUUGGCUCUUCAUCAACAUGGCUCACAUCAACAUGGCUCACAUCAACGGGGAUAAGCCCAAAUACCCUGUGGCCUUUGCCUUCGACAUUGAUGGUGUUCUCGUCAAGGGAAAGACGGCUCUUCCGGGGGCGAAGAAAACCAUCGAGCUCCUCCAACACCUCAACGUUCCCUUCAUCUUCUUGACGAACGGCGGGGGUCACAAUGAGGCCGAGCACGAGAAAAGGAUCGCAGCUCGUCUGGGGUUGGCGUCUCUCCGCCAUGGCCAGCUGGUCCAAUCUCACAGUCCGUACCACGACUUGGUAACGAAUUAUCGCGACGAAACCGUGCUCGUCCUGGGGGGCCACGGAGACCAAAUCCGCAACCUCGCACAUGACUACGGCUUCCGGAAAGUCGUCACCUCUUCCGAUGUUGUGGCAAAAGACGAACAUAUCCACCCAUUCCCCGAAAUGACGGGGGCCCACCAUGCGCUUCACGGCCGCAGCGCAGUCCCGGGAGACGGAGAAAGCCCGGACGACACUCGCAUCGCCGCCAUUCUCGUCUGGAGCAGUCCGCGAGACUGGUGCCUCGAUCUCCAGCUCGUAUGCGACUUGCUGCUCUCGUCCCGAGGCGUCCUGGGCACCCGGUCCCCGCGCAACGGGGACGCCUCGCUCCCGAACCACGGCUUCCAGCGAGAUGAGCAACCGGUGUUGUAUUUCUGCAACCCCGACUUUGAGUGGGCCACGGAGCACCGCCAGCCGCGGUUCGCGCAGGGCGCCUUCCGAGAGGCGCUGAAGGGUAUCUGGAGACAUGCCACGGCGGGGAAGGCCGAGUUGGAGUACUCGGUUGUCGGGAAGCCGACGGAGACCACGUAUGUCUAUGCCGAGAAGGUGCUGCGUGGUCUGACUCUUUCGCCGGGGGAGAUUGGUACGGUUUACAUGGUGGGAGAUAACCCGGCGAGCGAUAUAGUUGGCGCGAAUUCGUUCCGAUCGAAAUACGGAUCGGUGUGGAAGAGCGUUCUUGUUGAGACGGGGGUGUUUGUCCCAGGAUCUUUCCCGGCGCAUACUCCUACUAAGAUCGCACGAGAUGUGGCACAUGCGGUGACAUGGGCGCUGGCUGAAGAGGGGAUACUCCACCGACAAGAGAAAGGGGAGACGAAGGAGGAGUAGAACUAGUAAGUAAAUGUAGUGUAGUACUACUAUUGCAAUAUACUCUGAGAAGUUAUUAACCAGUCCGGUUCAUUUGGUGGGAGCGCUGCGGUAGUGCGUGCUGCUACUGCGACUGGAGUCUGGACCUAGAACCGCGGCAUAUGCACAGGAAAGUGGUAUGUCUCGAGAUUCGCAUCCCCCGCUAACCCAAAAGGCAGCGGCCCUUCACAUUCAGUAUCUGGGCUGGGCAGCGUGCCGUUUUGGAAAUAGGCCCUGAUAUACCCGUUUGUACAAUCUGACGGCGCCGAAAGGGAGGUAUGCUGGAAGUCCGCUGUCAGUUUUCUUAAGUUCCACCCGUGUU